AUGGCCAGGCUGCAUACAGGAGCAGAGGACACUGCAGUGGUUCAGCAGCUGGUAUGGUGUAGGAGCUCUAAAACCUCUUCUGCUAUGAUGAAGCUGCUUAUGUGUUUAUAUUGUGUACUGUUGGAGCUUAUGGCAGUCCACAGCCAUGUGCUCAUGCAAGGCCGUAUAGUGGGUGGUCACGCCGCUGCACCAAAUUCCAUCAAAUACCUCGUGUCACUGCAGAGCACCAGCGGCCAACACUUCUGUGGUGGAUCACUAGUUCACAGGUACUGGGUGCUGACUGCAGCGCACUGUAAUAUCGGGACAGAGCAAAUGAUGAUAGUGGCAGGCGACUACAAGGUAAACAUCUUUGAGGGUACUGAGCAGUACGCUAAACCCCACAGCUUGGUCACCCAUCCACUGUACAACAGGAGCACCAACAACGCAGACAUCAUGCUCAUUAAGUUGCGGGCUCCCAUGGUUCUGAACAAAUACGUGUCACUGGCGCCUCUUCCCAGGCAGGGCACAGGUGUAGCUGAAGGCCACGUGUGUCGGGUGUCAGGGUGGGGCUACAAUAGUCUGGACAGAGGCCAGGCGCCUGUCACGCUCAGGACAGUCACAGUGCCCAUUGUCUCAACUGCAAGGUGUAACAGCAGCGACUCCUUCAAUGGAAACAUCACAGCAAACAUGAUCUGCGCUGGCUACAGUACUGGAGGCAAAGAUGCAUGCAAGGGAGACUCUGGUGGGCCGCUGGUGUGUGACAGACGGGUCUUUGGUGUGGUAUCCUGGGGCAAUGGUUGUGGUGACGCUAAGUUUCCUGGAGUCUACACGGCCGUGUCCAGAUUCCGCCGGUGGAUAGAUCAAACCAUCUACGGGUCAUACCUGCGUUGCUUCAAACCUUGGCGAUAA